AGAGACAAAAUAUUAAUUUGUUACCAUAGUUACAGAUUUCUUUCGAAUAAUCAAUCAAUAAACAAAACUCUUUCUCUACAAGUCCUAAAAUCCUUAGAGAAAGAAAGAAAUAAAAUAGAAUAAGAGAACUUGUUGUAGCAGUUGAAGCAGAAAAUAAACAGAGUAACGAAUCCAACAUCACAAAACAAAACACAAACUGUGUGUUGUCUCUCUUCUUUGGUCUUCUCUUCUUCUUCUUCUUCUUUUUCUUUUUAAGUAUUUUUAUUUUUUGGUUUCUUGAUCUCAGAAAAAAUGGCUCUGAAUAGUGUCUCCUCUGAAGAAUUUACCUUCCCAUCGCUAGCUUCUCAUGAUUCUUCUCACCAUUCCGGUCUUGAUUCACCUCCUUUGUGGAAACACUCACCGGUUACUUCCUUUCGCCGGAAAGAUUACGACUUUGGUUUGGCAAGAUUAGUCAUUGGAAAAGACGGUGAUCAUGAUCAGAGGAAGAGCUUCUCGUACGUGGAGAUGAGAAGUCGUUGGAUCGACGACAAAGAAGAGGAGAAAAUGGAUAUGUUAUGGGAAGAUCUCAACGAAGAAUUGCCUCCAAGAAGUCAGAGUUUGAGAAUUGUACAUGGCGGCGACGGUGGAGAGAAGAAAACGGCUUUGUUUCCCGAUGAGAGCUCUGCCGUGGCCGUGGGGUGUGGGAUGAAGUUAUCGAAGAAGACAAAGAAGAAGACGAAUCUGAACGUUUUGGUGUUGAUGAGGGUUUUGAAGAAGCUUAUUGUGUUGCGAAGUUCGUCUCAGAGGUCGCCGGUGAAAACUCAUCCACGGUGAUUGAUCUCCACCGUGAUAAUUGUGAAUUGGGGGGUUAUUUUGUGGAAUUCAGAACUUACGGGGCUUUUGUGGAGAAAAUUGGAAUUGUCUGAAAAUGAUUUAUUUGUAGUUUAGUUUGGGUGGUUCACAAAAAUUAAUUUUAGGGUCCUAAAUUUUUAAUAACACAUCUGAAGUCUUUUUUGGUUCUUCGUCUUGAUUCAUUUGCCUGUUCCGUGGGGUUUGGUUUGAAUAUGUAUGAAUUUAUAAGAUGAAAAAUGAAAGAGGUCAGAAUAUUAGGGUGCAAUAAUAAAGGAAGGUAAAAAAGAUUUGUAUUUGAAACAUUCCACUUGUAUAUGAUAUCACUUUUUAAAUGUGUGAUAAAAAAG